AUGCUCAAAAACAUGCUGAGGGCGUAUUUAUCGUUCUCAAACAAAUACUACGUUCCGAUCAUGUAUCGAUUUGCGUUGAAGAGAGCUCUAAAAUCGUAUCAUCACCAUGAUGGAGGAAACGAACCUAUGGAUGAACUGAUGAACAAGAAUAAUAAUGGAGCUCAAACUUGUUCCUCUUUGAAUACAUUUCGGAAUGUUGAACCGACCAACAUUGACAACACAUCAUCAUCAUCACGAAUGAAAGAGCUCAUGAACAAGAUCCAGUUGGAACAAAAUGAUAUUAUACACUCGGAAAUGACACGAAAAUUUUUACAAGAUGAAAAGGACAUGAGAAAUAUGACAGACAAGAGUUGGCUUCCACUCGUAGCUCAAUACAUUGCCUCGAAUCGAGUCCUUGCUAAAGAAUUAUUUCAAGGCGAUGAGAAAAAAGCCAUGUUGUUCAUAUAUGAUCGAGCACUAUUGCCUCCUGUAGAGAAAAUGAUGAGAAUGGUCCUCGGAGGGCAAGGACGCAAAGGCAUCGCAAGCGGAAUUAUUUUCAGAACACCAAGAGCUGGAGAAGAUGAUAAUCAAGUCGAUGUUCUGGAAUUUAUGUGGAAAAUUAUGAGUGUGGCAAACGACUUGAUCCAUGCUUGGACCUUGUCUCAUGAAAUUUAUCAUGAAACAAAGAAUGUGACAGCUUUAGAAGGGCAUAGUGAUUCCACACAUUCUGGAGAUGACAACGAGAAAAUUAGAAUCUCCACGAUCCGUGUGCAUAAUUGCAUGUUAAAUCGAUUUUUUAAAGCUCACAAUGCAUCACAUUUAAUGCCUGUCAUUUGUUCCUUUGAUACCAUAUGGGCGAGGAAUGCCUAUGAGAAUACUGGUCAUAAACUGAGGCGAAAUCAAACAUUAAGCCUUGGUGGUAAUUAUUGUGCAUUUGAUUUUUCGAAAGGUUUCGAGAAGGAGUAUGAUGUCGUGUCGGUGGAAAUUGAAAAAUUACGUAAACACUAA